AUGCCUAUCCGGACCUUGGCAAGUGCUGGGCGGUCGCAACAGCUUGGAUUGUUGACUCUGCUGCGUCGGGUUGGUAAGAAGAUGGCGCUCAUGGCCGUCAUCUCCAACACCCCCCGGCAGCCGUGGAUCACCGCCACGACUUGGGCCACUGUGCGCCGAUUGGCGCCGCUCCGGCGUCUGGCCAGCACCGUGCGGCCGGUGGCACAUCGUGCUCAUCUCCGAGCUGAGCUGUGCGCCUGGGCUGGCCAGGUCCAUCAGGAGUUCGACCCUCUCCAGCCGGGAAUGGCUGGCCGUCUCGGCUGGCGCGCCGCUUGCGCUCUGUCGGAGGCCCGCAGACGCGCGUUCAAGCUCCGGCUGAUCUCCAGUGCGCUCUGGGCGGCGGCCGCUCGCCUCCAGCAGAAGAUUAAGCCGUCUGUGAAGGCUGAUCGGAUCGCUUUCACCCAGGGCAAGGUGGCGGAAGCGCAGGCGGCGUGCGCGGAGACUCGCGCAGUACGAAUGCCAUAG